GCUCGUGGGCCACUGGGCUGGAGUCCUCAGCAUUUUUUCAUGUGGCUCCUUACACUGAGACCUUGCUGCAGACACUGGGAGGCAACCUCAGUGCAGUGCCAGACUGCUGUAACAUUCCUCUGGAUGUUUUGUGCAAUCGAACGUAUGCUUCUGAUCCUGAAACGGAGCAAGUUGUCAUGCUGACGCUGAUCGGAAUGGAUGCCAUGAAGAGCGCUGGAGAACUCCUUCAGCAGAUCCUCCUUCCUGGGGGCAAAGGACUGGAUUCAGGAUUUGAGCUUCUAGGUCUGAAGUGGCUUCCCCACCUCACUCGAAGUCAGGCCAGAGAAAUAACCCCUUUUGAGGUCGGAGAUGUUUCCUGGCAGAGAAGCAUUGACACGCUCAUGUCAAACCCAGUGCUUGUGUGUGCAUUACGACGGAUCAAUGCCAUCAAGGUUCUUGCAGACACAUUGGAGAGGUUACCAUCGUGCAGGGAGAAGCUGGGCAAAAGUAACAGUGUUCUGCAGAGAGUAAUGGCCUUGACCCCAGAGAUGACGUUCAGACAAGCUGUCCUCUUCUUCACAGAGGAGGAUUUUGUAACUGAUCCAGAACACCGCCCUGCUAUGAAGUACCUGCCACCACCUGGCAAGAGGUCCAAGGCUGAAGUGGGAGAAACCUGGAGAUGCCAUGUGGAAUCACUGUUCACCUACUUGCAAACAGGAGCCCAGGUUCUUUGCACAGUGUUGCUGAUCAAACCUGGUGCCUGGACCCGGGGCCUUGCUAGGAUCCUCCAAAAACUAGACCUAGAAAAAUUCAGUGUGGUUGGGAUGAAACACACAAACCUGGAACCAGACAUUGCCUUGGGACUCCUUUCCCCUGAAAUGAAACAGGAUCCUGCUGUUUUAGAAGCUCAUUGUACCUACCUAACCUCAGGCUCUGCCCUUGUGCUGUGUCUUCAAAGAUCAAAUGCUGUGAAGAAGCUGCUAGAUUUACUGGGGCCAGAGGAUCCUAAGCUAGCCCAGGCACUAGACCCAUUCCUAUGGAGGGCUCAGUAUGGCAUCAAUGCUGUCCAAAAUGGAUUUUAUGGCUCCAAAUCCUAUCAAAUAGCUGUCCGGGAUAUGAAGCUGUUUUUCCCAGAGGGGCUGUGCUGCGCCGACUGUCAGACGUUAGAAGAAGAAGAGAUCCAUAACCUGAAACGCGACCCCAUAGUUGGUCUGGAAAUCAACAAGCAGCGCAAGAUCAUAAAACGUAAAACAAGAGGACAGCUCAAUUUAUCGGGCUCUGAGCAAGCAUGUGAUCUGGACCUGCCACGGCUUGAUGCCCUCUUCCAAACCACUUGCCUCAUACUGCCUGGGAUAAUCCUGCGGGGUUCAGAGCACCCACCUUAUGUUGAACUGCUUGAUCAGCUUAUUGGCAGAGGUUUUGCCGUGACGGGAGUGCGGCUCACUGUCCUGGAUGCACCACAAGCUCACUGCAUCUCCGAGACGCUCAGCAGGACAAAGUGCAGUGUUGCAGCAAAGUGUUCGCUCUUAAUGGAUGGUUUGUGCCUGGUGUUAGCAGCACAGCGAGACAAUGCAGUCAUUUGCUUCGACUCCCUGCUGGACAGCGUUUGUUGGCAGAAGCAGUCGGUCAUGGACACUGUGCAGCAUCUCCUCUAUCCUCAGAACGAGAAGCAGGCUGAAGAGCUGCUCUGUUGCCUUUUCGACUCCCUGACGUCUGACAGCAUCCACUACAUUGAGUCCCAGGAUUGCUAGCCAAGGUGGCCUAGGUCCCCAAGCAGCUCAUGGCUGGGUGCUGUUUUGGGUACCUCUG